AUGCACCUGUCCAAGGUGCUAAUGGACGGGGGCAGCAUCCUCAACAUCCUGUACAUCGACACCCUGGAAGCCAUGGGGAUCCCGCGAUCUUGCUUGCGGGCCUCUCUCUUCCCCUUCUACGGCAUCUUGCCAGGCAUGAAGGCGUACCCGGUCGGCAACCUCAACUUGCCGGUCAUGUUCGGAAGCAGAGCUAACUACCUCACCAAGACCCUCACAUUCGAGGUGGUAGAUUGGAAGGGGGCAUACCACGCCAUUCUCGGGUGCCCGGCCUACGCCAAGUUCAUGGCGACACAAAAACUUCUCUAUGCCAUCAUCAUGGUGGCCAAGAAGCUGCAACAUUACUUCACCGAGCACGAGGUGUCGGUCGUCACCUCAUUCCCACUCGAUGAGGUGGUCCGCAACCGCGACGCCGUGGGACGGAUUCCAAGUAGGCAGUCGAGCUAA